GGAGGUAGUACUGGUCCAGCCUGGUGUUCUGGUCCUGGAGGUAUUACUGGGCCAGCCUGGUGUUCUGGUCCUGGAGGGUUCAGCCAUGAGCAGUAGACCAGCACAUGCCAGGUCUGCGUGGCCUUUCUAUCAGGUUAGCGGCAGAUGCUAAUGCGCUAUUAUAUGGAGGAGACUGUCCAACCGGUUAGGAUUAUGACGUUUUGUCUUUGCAGUGUGCGUACGUGUGUCUGUGUGUGUGUGUGUGUCUGUGUGUGUGUUCCUGUAAGAGGCCAGGAACCUAGUUUUACUGUAAAUUGAAUAACAAUGAAAUAAUCUUGAUGCGUUUGUCUGUCUGGUUUCCAGGAGGAGGUGGAGGGACGGGAAGAAGAGAACGGACGCAUCGAACCGAUUGGCCGAGCUGACUCCUGUAUAGACCACACCCCCGUGAGGUCACUAGAUGACAUGGUGAAGCUGGUGGAAGUGUCCAACGACGGUGGGCCCCUGGGGAUCCACGUAGUGCCUUUCAGUGCCAGGGACCGCAGGACUCUGGGGCUGUUGGUUAAGCGCCUGGAGCAUGGGGGCAAGGCUGAGCAGCUGGGCCUGUUCCACGAGAACGACUGCAUCGUCCGCAUCAACAACGGAGACCUGCGCAACAUCCGCUUCGAACAAGCCCAGAACAUGUUCCGCCAGGCGAUGCGUUCCCCCGUCAUCAUGUUCCACGUUGUGCCCUCCCCCAUGAAGAACCACUACGAGCAGCUGUCCCAGACCGAGCGCCCCCCGCACCCCCCCUCCUCCUCCGGACGCUUCAGCCCCGAGUCCCUGGCCAGCGAGCGGGCCGGGGGCACCCCCGCCUCCAGCCUGGACCACACCCCCCAGAGGAUAUCCCGCCAUGGGCCCCCCCUGACCCCCAACGCCCAGUCCCCCCCGCCGCCCUCCAUGGGCAAGCCGCCCACAGGCCACGCCCCCUCGCCGCAGAAGAUCCUAAGCUCCACCCCCACCGGAGGGUACGCGAAGAAGGUCGGGCGGAGGCUGAACAUUCAGCUGAAGAAAGGUCCUGAGGGUCUGGGGUUCAGCAUCACCUCUCGUGACGUGCCCAUCGGAGGCUCCGCCCCCAUCUACGUGAAGAACAUCCUGCCCCACGGGGCAGCCAUCCAAGAUGGCCGCCUCAAGGCUGGAGACCGUCUGCUAGAGGUGAACGGGGUGGACCUGACUGGGAGGACGCAGGAGGAGGCGGUGGCUCAGCUCCGGGCCACGCCCAUGGGCGGGGCGGUGGGACUGGUCAUCCUGCGCCAGGAGGAGGCCUUCAUGCCUCGUGAAGUGACCACAGAGCCCGUGAUGCAAAGCCCGGGAGAUACACUUGCAGGUCUGAGGAGGGCGGGGUCGACGAGGAGCGCCCCCUGGCUGUCUGAGCAGCUGGAGGAGGACGAGCUGGUCUUGACCCCAGAUGGGACCAGGGAGUUCCUGACCUUCGAGAUCCCCCUGAGUGACUCGGGCUCCGCAGGGCUGGGGGUCAGCGUCAAGGGCAACCGCUCCAAGGAGAACCACGCCGACCUGGGCAUCUUCGUCAAGUCCAUCAUCAACGGAGGCGCCGCCUGCAAGGAUGGCAGGCUGAGGGUUAACGACCAGCUCAUCGCCAUCAACGGUGAGUCAUUGCUAGGGAAGACCAACCAGGACGCCAUGGAGACGCUACGCAAGUCCAUGUCGACGGAGGGCAACAAGCGCGGCAUGAUCCAGCUGAUCAUCGCCAGGAGGGUCACGAAACGCCACGAGGACUCCCCGGGCGGUCCUCUGGGGCCCCAGCAGACCCUGAACACGUCUCUGGACGACCACGAGCGACGUAUCUCCCACUCCCUGUACGGGGGGAUUGAGGGCUUGGACGACAACCUGAUGCCCAGGCAGGGCCUGGUGGGCCGCAUGAUGGGAAGCUACCAGCUCUCCCCGACUGUCAACAUGCCCCAGGACGACACGGUCAUCAUCGAGGACGAUAGGCCACCCCUACUUCCUGUCCAUCUCUCUGACCAAUCGUCGACGAGUUCCCAUGACGACAUGGGCUUUGCUGCAGAUGUGACUCCGCCCUGGGCUAAAGAGACACCCAAUCAGAAUGAGAGUUCGGGGGUUCCAGACGACAACGACCCAGACGGUGCCUUCCAGAGGGAGGGCUUCGGCAGACAGAGCAUGUCAGAGAAACGCACCAAGCAGUUUGGAGACCCCAGCCAGCUGGAGGUCAUCAAGACACGCAAGUCCAAGAGCAUGGACCUAGUAGCCGACGAGAUUAACCUCUCCCCACGCACAGAGAACCACUCAGGCUCCUCGACCCGGGACGUGGGCCCGUCGCUGGGCCUGAAGAAGUCCAGCUCCCUGGAGAGCCUCCAGACCGCCGUGGCCGAGGUCACCCUCAACGGGGACGUGCCCUUCCACAGGCCGCGCCCGCGCAUCAUCAGGGGCCGCGGCUGCAACGAGAGCUUCCGGGCGGCCAUCGAUAAGUCGUACGACCGUCCGGCUCCGCCCGAGGAAGAGGACGAGGGCAUGGAGACGCUGGAGGAGGACACGGAGGAGAGUUCGCGGUCGGGUAGGGACUCUGUGUCGACCGUGGCGGACCUGACCCCGCUCCCCAACCCCGACCGACCGCGUGGUGACCCGCUGGUCAACGGGAACAACCGCAUCAAAGACGACAAGAAGAAGGAGAAGGGAGGGAAGGAGAAGAAGAAAGAGAGGGACAAAGAGAAAGACAAAGAGAAAGAGAAGAAUAAAGCCAAGAAAGGCAUGCUGAAGGGACUAGGGGAAAUGUUUAGGUUCGGCAAACACCGCAAAGACGACCGUCCAGGAGACAAGAUGGAGCGGAAGGGCUCCAGCAAGUGGAAGCAGGAGGAGACGCAGGCGUCAGAGGAGGACACCCUGAGGAUGAAGCUGGAGCAGGAGAGGAUCCAGGCCAAGACCAGGGAGCUGAGAGAGAGGCAGGCAAGGGAGAGAGACUACGCCGAGAUAGUGUCCCGGCCCCCGGGCCCCGACGAGGAGCACCCGUACGCGGGCAUCGCCCCCCUGGACACGUCCCUGGACGGGGGGCACAGCUGGCCUCACAGCCCCCGGGGGGAGCUCCACCCCCUCCACCAGCACCACUACUCAGACUCUGUUUACACCCAAGUCAGCAAAGCUCGCAACGGGCGCCCGCCCUCGGCAGACAGUAACAGACUAGCCCCUAGCAACCACGACCGGAUACAGAGGCUGAGGCAUGAGUUCCAGCAGGCCCAGCAGGACGACGACCUAGACGAUCGCCGGAGGACAUACAGCUUCGAGCAGCCCUGGCCCAACGCCAGCGCUGGUACGUACACACAGCCAGGACGCCACUCGGUGUCGGUGGAGGUACAGAUGCAGAGACAGAGACAGGAGGAGAGGGACUCCUUCCAACAGGCCCAGAGACAGUACAGCUCUCUGCCCCGACAACCCAGGAAGACCCCCAGCAGUGUCUCCCAGGACUCCUGGGACAAGGCCUACCUCCCAGGCGAGGGGUUCCUGACGGCCAAGGACAACCCUCGCUACUCCAGCUACCAAGGCUCCCGUAACGGCUACCCGGCGGCCGGCGGAGGGGUCAACGCCCGCGUCCUGCUGGAGGCGCAGGAGCUGCUGAGGCAGGAGCAGCGGCGUCGGGAGCAGGAGGCCAAGGGGAAGCCGACGCCCCCUCCGGAGCACGGGGGAGGGAAGUACGACGUGUACUCGCCGCUCAGGGACCCGGUCUCGCCCAAAGGGCCGUACCGGCAGGACGUGCCCCCGUCCCCUUCCCAGCUGGCCAGGCUCAACAGGCUGGGCUCGGAGAAGGGGCGGCCCUUCUACUCCUGAGGGAAGGACUGGGGGGGGGGGGGGCUGGGGCUUGGAGGAGAGGAGGAUGGAGGACUGGGGAUGAAGGAGGGAGGGGAGGAAGGUCCUGAGCGAGGAGGAUCGGGAUCAGGCCAAGCAGACGUCAGGACUGAGGCUGGGGCCGAGGCUGGGGGCUGCUUUGGGGUGAGCCUCUGGAGGCCAGGGGAGGCUGGAGAACGAAGCCAUGAGUUUCUCCUGGGUCCUGAAACACAGACACGACAACACCCACACUACAGACAACCUCCACCACACCACAGACACAAUAAGACUUCUCUGUCACCCUCACUCCUCCGGCUCUCCGGAGGGUUCCUGCCGACACCCGGAAUAACAGCGGGCGCUUUUAUUGUGAAUCACUUUCUGUAGCUGUGACAGUGAGUUAGCCUUCCACAUAUAGCCUGUUGUCACCUACCUCCUACGCAAGGCUGGAGGCAGCUGGGGCAUGUAGUGCCUUCUGGGUACUGUGCUGUACCCCCCCCCCCCCCCUUUGACACACAAGCCUCGCUACUGCUGCGUGACUCCUCUUUCCCCUUCCACUCCUCUCACGCUACGACAAUCAAACCAGACUGGCUAACGGGUACUCCUUUAAACCCUGGGUUGGUGUGUGUGUGUGUGUCUCUCUGAGUAUAGGCUAAUAUGUGUGUGUGCGUGUGUAUGUGCAUAGAAAAUAGUGUGCGAGGGAUUGAGUGUGCCUAUUGAGUGUGUUAUGUGUAUGAAUGUGGUGUUCACACACACACAGCCCUGACCCUACGUGUGUGUCCUGGGGUUCUGCUGGGCCUCGUACAUGACGACCCACGCUGACCCCUCACCCGACGGCGACCCCUCACCCUCGCACAAGAUACUGUCCUGGAAAACGCCAACCCCACAGAAACGGCCGACUCUGAAUCCAUUGUUCUUUGUGGAGGAGACCCCAGUUAACUAGCCCACAGGGAGAGAACAAGAGAGAGAGAGAGAGAGAGAGAGAG